CAUUUACAAAAUAUAACAACAUUACCUCCUCUAUCUACAACGUCCUCAACUCCAGCUGGACCCACACCAUGCUUUUGUGAAGUAAAUGGGAAUAUUUAUAAACCUGGGGAUGUCAUAUUUAAUAUGACACACAUUGGAGCUGGACUCUGCCUCACCAUGAUCUGUUCUGAUGUUUGCGAGCUCCAAAAUAUGACCGGGCCUUGUCUUAAUCCCCCAACGACUCCUCCUGUCCCUGACUGCCCCGAGUGGGACAAAAUGCAAAAUGAGACCUUUCUCCUCUGCAACUGCACGCUGGCUAGAUGCAUUGAGGAUAACAUCAUUGAGAUAAUCCCAUAUGAAUGUCCACCCCUGGAGGAGAUCGAAUGUGCUAAUGGCAGGAAGCCAGUGUUGGUAUAUGAUGAGGACUAUUGUUGCCAACAUUACGUGUGUGACUGCUUCUGCGAAGGCUGGGGAGACCCACACUACAUAACAUUCGACGGGCAUUUCUACAGCUUCCAGGGGAACUGCUCAUAUGUGCUGAUGGAGGAGAAAACACCUCAACACUACCUGAACAUCUACAUAGACAAUGUGAACUGUGACCCUGGGGAAGACGUGUCUUGUCCCAAGUCCAUCAUCGUGGCCUACGGCACACUGGUCGUCACGUUAAAGAAUCACAAUGUGAUCGGUGCCCCCAAGAUGGAGGUUAUCGUGGGCGGAACCCCAGCACGCCUGCCCCUUGUGCAUGGUGGCAUUAAGGUUCUUUCCAGUGGUCUUACCAUGGUCCUUGAGAUCCCCUCGUUGGAGGUGGUUGUGACUUUUGGCGUAACUGGGUUCAGCAUCAACCUGCCUUUCAAGCACUUUGGGAGAAACACCCAGGGACAAUGUGGUACCUGCAACAACAACCCAGCUGACGACUGCAUGCUGCCUAGCGGCCAGCUGGUGGAGAGCUGUGCGCUGAUGGGAGACCACUGGCCCAUCCCGGACAUCCACAGGCCUGAAUGCAUACCGCCCAGUGGUCCCAAGCCUCCAGUUCCAGAGGCUACAUACCAGCCCUGCACACCGGAUUCUCUCUGCGACUUGCUGAACAGCAGGCUGUUCGCUGACUGCCACCCCCUGAUCCCCCCCGAUAACUUCUAUAAAGGCUGCAUUUUUGACAGCUGCCACAUGUCUAACCCCACUGUGGAGUGCACUAGCCUUCAAAGCUACAGUGCCGCCUGUGCCCAAGUUGGCAUCUGCAUCUACUGGAGGAACUACACCACCAAGUGCGCUGCUGGCUGCUCUGGAGAUAAGGUCUACAAGCCGUGUGGGCCAGCAGAACCACCGACCUGUCAGGAUCGGUAUGAUUCAAGCCCCAUUGUCGUGACUGAGGGCUGCUUCUGUCCCGAUGGCAUGAAGCUCUUCAGCCAGGAGACCGAUAUUUGUGUUGAAAAGUGUGGAUGUUUGGAUCCAGAAGGUGUGCCUCGAGAGUUCGAUGAACAGUUUCAGUACAAGUGCCAGGACUGCAUCUGCGACCGGGCCUCAGGGCUGGUGAGAUGCAGGCCCAGUGUGUGUGUCCCGCCUGCGGUGACCUCCUGCAGCGUUCCAGGCUUCAUUCUCGUCAAUGAGUCCAACCCCAUGAACCCCUGCUGCUCCAGCCUAGUCUGCCGCUGUGACAGCAGUACCUGCCCGGAGAAGGACCACAGCUGUGGGGCUGGAUUUACUCCAGUGGUCUCGGUGCCCCCUGAGAAGUGCUGUCCCGAACACACAUGCGAGCCAAAGAAGGUCUGCCUACACAAGCAAGUAGAAUACCAGCCCCAUGCCACAGUGGUCAUGGCUGGCUGUCAAAAUUGCACCUGCACCACUGAAGAAGACCUCAGCACUGGACUCUACCAGAUCAAAUGCCUGCCCAUCCUUUGCAACCAGGACUGUGACCCGGGGUACAAAUACACGGAGCUGAAUAUGUACGACUGCUGUGGGAAAUGCGUCCAGUCACACUGCAUCACUGGCAUCAAUGGCACCAUGCAUCUGCUUCAGCAUGGAGAGACAUGGUCCCCGGCAGAGAAUAAGUGUGAAGUAUACAGCUGUGUGAGGAUCAAAGACUCCUUUGUUAGCACCAUCUCCAGCAUCCAAUGCCCACCCUUCCACGAGGCCAACUGCCAGCCGGGCACGAUUCAGACAGCCGCUGACGGCUGCUGCAAAGUCUGUGUGGAGAAAGAGAGGGCGUGCAAGGUGGAAAGCGUGCAGACUCAGAUCUUACACCAGGGCUGCCAGUCUGCGGGAAAGGUGGAAAUGACCUACUGCGAGGGAGCCUGCAACACCUUCACCAAGUACUCCAAGGAAUUGUUAUCCAGGGAAAUGUUCUCCAUGGAGCGUUCCUGCAACUGCUGCCAGGAGCUGCGUACCAGCAACCGCACCAUCAAUCUGCAGUGCUUGAACGGGGAGGUGCUGCCGUACACAUACCUGCACGUGGAGGACUGCCACUGCAAGGCCAGCGAGUGCUCCCACGCCGCUACUGUCCUGCCGCUGCCCCCGGAGUAGUGGC